CUGUUUUCCCCAUUUUCUCUAUAAUUAUUUUCCAUUUCCUUCUUUAAAAAUAAAUAAAAAAAUAAAAAAUUUAUUAAAACCCUCAUCGGAGCAAAGACACACAGAGAAGGAAAAAAAAAAGAAAAAAGAAAAAGAAAAUCUGGGAAUAUUAUCUUCAUCGGAAGAGAUUCUUACUCUAUUUUUUUUUCUCUAAAUAUUUGAUUGAUAGUUAGGUUUUUAAACAAAUCUCAACUCAAUCUUUUCCCUUUAAAAAAAUUAUUCUUCCUUUUGAUGUAUUGAAAAAAAUUCACUGUUUUAAAGCGAUAGGUUUUCUUUUAAAAUCUUCAGUGACGAGAAUUUGAAGCUCAAGCGAAAAGUCAAAGCAAAUAUGGAUAUAAAAUCGUUGUGGAAUUAAAAAUUGUUUCGAGAUUCGGUGGUUUGAAGAUAUGCAGAAAUCUAAUGAAGCUUUCUUUUUUUUAAAAGAGACGUUGAUUGAAAUGAGGAAUUCGGGGAUAAUUUAGAAAUUAAAAAUUUCAAAAAAAACUUGCGGGAGUUGCAACUAUGAGUUGCAGCGAAGCAGAAACGAGAAGCGUCGCCGUUUCAAAUGGGUUGAUAACGAGUGCUGAUGAGUUGACUAUCGAUCAAAAUUUGCUUAUUGACCCGAAAUCGUUAUUUAUCGGCUCCAAAAUCGGCGAAGGAGCUCAUGGCAAAGUAUACGAAGGAAGGUAUGGUGAUCGGAUUGUUGCCAUUAAAGUUCUUCACCGUGGGAGUACGGUCGAGGAAAGAGCUGCCCUCGAGAGUCGUUUUGCUCGUGAGGUUAACAUGAUGUCUCGAGUGAAACAUGAGAAUCUUGUCAAGUUCUUUGGAGCUUGUAAGGACCCGCUGAUGGCGAUAGUAACCGAGUUAUUACCAGGAAUGUCCCUCCGCAAGUACUUAAUAAGCAUUCGUCCGAAAGUUUUAGACCCUCAUGUGGCUUUGAAUUUUGCACUGGACAUUGCGCGUGCCAUGGAUUGUCUGCAUGCUAACGGGAUUAUACAUAGAGAUCUGAAGCCUGAUAACUUGUUGCUUACAGCAAACCAGAGGUCUGUAAAACUUGCAGAUUUUGGUCUUGCGAGGGAAGAAUCCGUGACAGAGAUGAUGACUGCUGAGACUGGGACUUAUCGUUGGAUGGCCCCUGAGUUGUAUAGCACGGUGACAUUGCGUCGAGGAGAAAAAAAGCAUUACAAUAACAAGGUUGAUGUUUACAGCUUUGGAAUUGUCUUAUGGGAAUUAUUGACCAAUCGCAUGCCAUUUGAGGGCAUGUCGAAUUUGCAAGCAGCUUAUGCUGCUGCUUUUAAGCAAGAACGACCGAGCCUUCCGAAGGAUAUAUCCCCUGAUCUAGCUUUCAUCAUACAAUCAUGUUGGGUUGAGGACCCUAACAUGAGGCCAAGCUUUAGUCAGAUAGUACGUAUGCUGAAUGCUUUUCUCUUCACACUCACACCUCCUCCAUCGUCAAUACCUGAAUCCGACACUAGCGAGAAAGCAGGAACAAGUAAUGGAACCAUAACUGAGUUAUCUGUUCGGGCAAAGGGGAAAUUUGCUUUCCUACGCCAAUUGUUCGCCGCAAAGAGGACAAGGAACUGAUAAUGAGGGUAAAACCGGUAAAAUUUUGAAAAAAAAGGUUUCUUUUUGUUCCAACUCAAGAAAGUUGGCAUGUGAUAGUAGAUAUAUAUGUUCUAACUGAACCUCUUCAUAGUUAGCUUUUCUAGUGAUGAUUUUUUCAUCAAGUAAAUGUAGGAAAGAUGUUUGUUUGGGGGUAACUUGGCAAAAUAAAACAAAAAUAGAACCAUUUACGUCGUCUAGUCGACAUUGUUGUAAAGAAGGUAUACGAUUUCGAAUUUUCCCUGUUCAUAUUAAUGUUACCCUUCAUCUGAAAAAAGAA